GAAGGUAUUCUGAGAGACAGAGCAACAGACAGCACUCGGUGGAAGAGAAGGGGGGGGAUUCUUGGGAAAACCACUGAGUUUGAGCUAGAAUGAGCCACAGAGUACAAGCAAGCAAGACAGGAAUGGUCAAUAUUCCCAGCUGCACCAGUGAGAGGAGUGUGUAUCUGCAUGUGUGUUUCCGAGUAGCGGACAGUGCGCCUACCCCCGGGAGAAACGAAAUCAGAAUGAGUCUGACUGAGAGUGUGUGUGAAGUCUGGUGAGGGGAACUUUUUUUUUUCAAGGAAUACUGCAGUUUGGAAUACUCCUUGGAAUACUUGGGAUAUGUGAUCUCCUCUGGACCGCUGUUUUCUUCUAAGCCUGCGUCCCAUUGUUGAGUAUCCAUCCUCACUUGGUGUAGCUCUUGCCCAGCCACAAUGCCUACUGACGAUUACAACUACCUGCCAGAUGUGCUCCCUCCUCUUCCUGAAGUCCCGGACUCUGGCUCAGUCCUGAGUUCCGUUGAUUAUCCGGCCCGCUGCCUCCGCAACCCGGCCAUCCGUCACACGCCCUUGCGCCACUGCUCCGCCCACAGCAUGGACUCAUCGCCCGACAGCACCGAAAGGCCAAUCAGCUACAGCUCCACUUCCUCUUCUGCCUCCUCACGGGACAGCCACUGUUCGUUGGGCAGCCGCUCCACGCUGGGCCCCACCUCUCAGUGCCACCCGGCGUCUUCGGACCGGGACUCUGGGGCAAUUCGGUUGGAACUGGUUCCAGCCCGGCAGCUGGGAUGUGGGGAUGAAGAAGAGCGGACUGAUGAAGGGACAAGGAGACAGGGUCGUGGACAGACUGUGAAGGGCCAGUCAGAGCCAGAACUGAGCCCAGAGAGUCCAGGAGACAGGACAGAACCAGGUCAGGGUACAGCACCCAAAACGUAUGUGGAUCGGGUGGUGCAGGAGAUACUGGACACAGAGAGGACCUACGUCCAAGACUUACGCAGCAUCGUACAGGACUACUUGGAAUGCAUCAGUAACCAGUCUUGCCUGGCCCUGAGUGCUGCGGAUAAAGGCUCCCUAUUUGGCAACAUCCAAGACAUCUACCACUUUAACCGAGACCUGCUCCAUGACCUCGAGAAGUGUAACGCAGACCCUGUGGCCAUCGCCGAGUGCUUUGUGGCCAAGAGUGAAGAAUUUCACAUCUACACCCAGUACUGCACCAACUACCCGCGGUCGGUGGCUGUGUUAACAGAGUGCAUGAGGAACAAGAUGUUGGCCAAGUUUUUCCGUGAGCGCCAGGAAUCUCUGAGACACUCCCUGCCCCUGGGCUCCUACCUGCUCAAGCCAGUGCAGAGGAUCCUCAAGUACCACCUACUGCUACAUGAGAUAGCCAACCACAUGGAGAAGGACACGGAGACCUACGAGGUGGUGCAGGAGGCUAUAGAUACCAUGCAGAGAGUGGCAUGGCACAUCAAUGACAUGAAGAGGAAACACGAGCACGCUGUUAGAUUACAGGAGAUCCAGAGCUUGCUGACCAACUGGAAGGGCCCCGAUCUGAUCGGCUACGGAGAGCUGGUUUUAGAGGGAACCUUCCGCCUGCAGAGGGCCAAGAAUGAGAGAACCCUCUUCCUGUUUGACAAGCUCCUGCUGGUCACCAAGAAACGGGAGGAGACGUACACAUACAAGGCUCACAUCCUGUGCUGCAACUUGAUGCUGGUCGAGGUCAUCCCCAAAGAACCACUAAGCUUCAGCGUCUUCCACUACAAGAACCCCAAACUACAGCACACUGUACAGGCCAAAUCGCAGCAGGACAAACGCAUGUGGAUCUUGCAUCUGAAGAGACUGAUACUUGAAAACCAUCCUGCAAAAAUCCCAGCUAAGGCGAAGCAGGCCAUUUUGGAGAUGGAUGCAAUACAUCACCCAGGGUUUCACUACAGCCCUGAUGGAGAUAAGAAUGGCAAUCCUCAAACCAAGGAGGGCCCUACACCUCGAAGAGCACGGAGGAAGGAACCUCUGUCCAAGAUACUGAAGAACUCGAAACAGAGUGGUGCCAACACAGAUGGCCAAAAGCGGACAAGCCUAGGUGCCACCCUACUCUCUCCGGUGUCCCAGCUGGCUCUGGGCACUAUUGGCCGCAGCCGCAGCCUCAUCAACCAGUCGCAGGAGUCCCUGGACCCCAGCGAUCACUAUGAGCACAGUGACAGAGAGGAAGGGGAGGAGCCACAUCAGCAAGACGCUGAUGAUGAGGAUGAUAGUGGCCCGGGUGGUGGGAAGCGGCUACGAGUCCCUGGCAAAGGCAGCAGGAAGAGGCUGAACCCUCAGGCAUCUGUGGACUGCAUAGACCAGUGGAAGACAUUCAACAUGAGUCCCUCGGAUCUACAGAGAGCCAGAGAGACUUUAGUGAAAGAGGGAAGCUAUCACCCCCCACUCCUCAGGACGCCCAAUGUGGUAGAGGAACCUCCAGACUCUCCUGUUCCCUCUUUACUGGUCCCAGGAGGUGAACAGCAAGUGAGGAACAUCUGGGCUGACCACCGUGCCCGCAGGGCCAUGUUCCCCACCCGCCAGCGUACCAUGCAGCCUGACGACGAGGAAGAGGACAUCUACCAAAUGUUUGUGCCCACUGAACCCAGUGGACCAGAACCAGAGACGCCCUCUGACACGUCAGAGCUCACCUCCUCACCCAGGUCUGCUCGGCCCUGUAGUUGGCACACAGAACAGGUGCCCACAGUGCAGAUAGACCCCCCAUCCAGUGGGGGCAAAGCUCUGCGGAGGGCGAGCAGCAUGGGAGAGAAGGCUACAGAGACUCAGCAGAGCUCUGACGACACGCGGCCUGGUCACAGCAACCUGGAAGUGGUCCACACCGAAUCAUCCAGCAAUGAGAUAUCAGGGUCCUCCUCAGCAGAACAGUUGACAAUAGAUGACAUUGAAAAUGUUUAUGAUAACAUCAGCUAUGAGGAUCUUAAGAGUAUGGGAUUAAUCAGAAGAGACCAGGAGAGGCGACUGUCACGGAAGGAGAAAUCUAAAGACAUACAAGUUUCACAGGGUGAGACUAUAGUAGUACUAGAUGUUCCUGUGGUUUUGGGGGCCACAGCGUCUAUAAUAGAACCUGAGAGCUCCUCUGAAAGCAACCGGUCCUCCACACAAGAUGGGCACCCAUUUGGGAUAUGUGAGCUGAAGAUUGAAGAGGAGAACAUCUAUGACACCAUCUGUUUCAGCGAACCUCCGCCAACAGAUCUAAAGAAGAUGAGAGGAGGAAACAAACAGGAACAAGAAAGAGACAGUCUGAUGGCCUCUGUGCCAGACUUAACUGAAAGCCUUGGAGGGUUUGUGUCUGAGGAGAGCCUCCACUUUGGGGAGGAUGAGGGACCAGACUCCUCCCAUCCUGUUCCAUGUUCUUCAGAGCCAGACCUCUCCUCCUCAUCUGCCUCUGAGACAUUCUCUCAUCGUUCGCACACUGGGGAUAAGAUGUCAGAGCAGGUCGACGAGAUCUGGAACGACCUGGAAAACUACAUCAAAAACAAUGAAAGAAAGCCUGACAGAUUGCCAGCUGCCUUCCCAGUCAGCUCUGAGUCCCCCAAGAAGGCCUCUUCAGCCAAGAACAGCCCUAAAAAAGCCCCAAAUGUAGUUAACCCUAAAGCUCACACCCCUCCUAGCAAGAGUCUCCCAGUGCAUCAGCCUAAUCCCACAUCCAUGCCCUCUGUACCACCUUUCACCAUCCCUGUCAUCAGUGUCCCGGAGCUAAGUGAAGUCACCUUUGAAGAGGAAGCGCACUUCCCACUGGCCCCUUCCGAUCCUACGCCCGUCACCCCAGAGCCCCUUCCCGGCACAGUGAAAAGCAUCCGCAACAAACUGGCUCGCCUCAGCAGCGGCAGUUUCCGUCUGGAGGACGAUGAUCUGGUGGAGCUUCCCCAGUGCAAAGCUUCACCGAAAGGACCCGCUUUCAAAGAGCUCUUGUUUCCUGGGGAGCUGGCAGGUCUGGACUCCCCCUUGGCCUCCUCCUCCCUCCUCCUGGGUGAAUCUGUUGACUUUCCCCUGGACCUGACAGACAAGAGCAAAAAUCGUGUGUUCCUGAUGGCAAGGCAGUACAGUCAGAAGAUCAAGAAAGCCAACCAGCUGUUGCGCAUGAGAAGCAUGGAUCCAGGAGACUCCUGUAGUCGCUCCCGAGCUGAAAAGAAGCAGAAAGAUCUUGCAGCCAUUUUGGAGGAGAAGAAACAGGGGGGUGCAGCCAUAGGUGCUAGGAUAGCAGAGUACUCACACCUGUAUGACCAGGUCAUGUUUAAGGAGCCAUCCGGGACAGCUGGUGGAACCUCCCCUGCUCCACACCACAGUCAUCCAGGACUGCCCUCCUCUCCCUCAUUGCCUGAGACCUCCCUGGAAGAAGAGUGGCUCCAUUCCACUUACAGCAAUGGAGAGCUGGCCAGUUUCAUCCCCUGGCCCAACGAGGCAGGAGAGGCUCACGCCUCCUCCAACCCCCAGCGCAGACUUACAUCUGCCUGCUCCCUCCCUGCAAUGAAGACCCUCCCUGCACCUCCCACCACCCCGCCAACCCAGAGAUGGAGCACCUGCAUGUCAGCGCCCAGUGAAAAAGAGGAGCAUGUGUACAGUUCCAUCAAGAGACAUCCUUCCUUCAAUGCCCCCUCUUCAGCCAGCACAAAGAUGUCCCAACACAGUCACCAUCAGUCAGGCCACUCUCCGGGUGACCAACAGCAGGAGAGGAACAACUCGUCUGGAUCCAGCCAUAAAGGAAGUGCCCUAAACCGAUCCUCAGAGAGACUCCACAGCCCCGCUCUGAGCCAGAUUGGCCGGCAGAGCAGCCUUCCGGAGCGGUCUAGCCAGGGAUAUUCAGACCUCACCUUGCAGGAUGGUCAACAAGUGGUGGUCCUCAACCGAGCCUCUGCACUCAGCAUUCUCACAGCCACCCAGAACUAUCUGGCCAACUUCAAGGAUAAUGGGGAGGAUGACGACGACUAUGUAGAGAUCCGCUCUGAAGAUGAGAGCGAGCAGGACAAGUCAGUGCAGAGAAAUGGGGGCUCUGUCAUUCUUCUGGAUCAGAACCGGGGACCUCUGCAAUCCCAGAGUCUUCCUUGCACUCCAGUGCGCUCCUGUCAUCCUCUGAGCCCUCUGGAAAGGGAGCACCUGGAGAAGUACCUGUGGAGCGAGCCGCCACAGAACCAGUCCAACAUCGUCCAGUCGCUGAGAGAGAAGUUUCAAUGUCUGAGCUCUAGCAGCUUUGCUUGAAUCUAUUUGAUAACUGAAAGCCAAACGUAUUUCAACUUGCAGCACGUAGAAAGGAAAGGGACUUCCCAGCUUUGCCUGAAUGCCUGUGUCAACGCCAACACUACAGAACACAAAAAAAAAACAAAACAAAAAACAAACCAAUACUACACAAAUGCAAUGUAUCCUUCUUAAAGCAGACCUGUGACAGUCCCUCACAGUUCAGACAAAAUAUGUGUAGUAACCUGCAUCAUUACCUAUCUUUGCUGUUACACGGCUUCUCUCAAAGUAAUCCCUACUAUAUUCUUACUUGCCUGAAUGAUUUAAAUGGUCAGAAAGCCACGUGCUAAAUCCUGCAUGUAGGCUGCCCUAGCACUUCCAGGUUCAAAUAGUCUUCAAUGCAUGUCUCAGAGCAUAGUGAUGUAAAAACUUAAAAAGUUCCCAAAAACUGGUCAAAAUGAUUAUUCUCUAAGUUGUUUGCAUUGCGAUUCUGUCAAACUGAAUGGGUUUCAGGAUUUAAAGGGACACAAAGCACGCAAUGCUUUUAUCAAGUUGCCAGUACAAAGCCUCGCAGAGAUUAAUGGUGUUGGUUCUGCUAGAUUUACAGACUUGACUGAAGAUGGUCCCUCAUAUCAAUUACAGAUAAUGUAUAGAAUCUAUUCAGCACCCAACAUCUAAAAAUAAAAUAGUCUUCAAGGAUUUUGCGGUUUUUGACUCCUUGGCAAAUGUUGACCCCUCAUAUUUUUAAGUACCUCCUCAUUAAUUAUUUUCAAAAAAGCUCUUUCCAUUUAAGUAUGAUUGAGGUUAUUUUAACGGUAUGUAAACUACAAGCUAUACUUAACCUUUAUAAGAGAGAUAAUUCACAUGGCUCACUUUCAGUGGUGUCUUGUGUUUUAGUUGUGCUUACAAUAUCAAAUGAUUCUGAACAAGCAGCUUUACAAAUUUGCAGCUCUCUACUCAGGAUAGAGGUGUAGAAGUAAAUAUUUGCAUCUUAUUAGCAAUAAAUGUAUGUAAGGAGGCAAUUUAACAUAAAACAUGUUGGUUAUUUUGAGAUCCACGAGGUUGAAUGUAACUGACAUCGGGCAUGUACAAAGCAUAGACCUUCAAGUCUACCUGAAGAUGUUGUAUUUCUCUCCUCCACCUUUGUCAUCCGAUAGGGUGUCGAGACAGAACGCUGAUACUUCAGAAGUCUGAUAAGCAACCAUAGGACUACGCAUUUAUUUUGAAUUUGUGAGUAAAUCUGUUUUUAAGCAUCAGUCUGGGGCAUCCAUCGCAUAGGAGUGAAAUGUGCAUCUGAACAAGUGGAUGAUUUUUUUUUUACCUUCCUAAUUUUAAAAACUUUGUUUUUAAGAGGGACCAUGGAGGAACACAUUAAGGUGAAUCAGUUAAAAGACUACAGUACUGUAUUAGGUGUACAUUUGAUGUUCUUCAUGUAUUUUUUUGCUUUUUUUUUUUUUUCUCGGAUGGAUAGUUAGCUGUCUGUUUUGAUUUGUUUACUUUAUGGGACGCCACCCUGCUGUAACACUACUGAUAUGUACAGAACUGUUUUCCCACUUGACUGAAUGACCUUCAGUUUCUCAAAUACACAACCUUCCCACAAACCCACACGGUGUUAAUUGAUCGUUUUCUGUUUGAAGUAACCCCAGUAUUCAGAACACUUUUUUUUUUUACAUUUUGAACAAGUCACUUAAAAAUGUCUUAUUUAUUUGAAAGUAUCCCUCCUAUUUACCCCCUCCACUGCUACAAGUCACAGGCGGUUUGUAAAUGAAAGUGAAAUGUAUUUAUUAAACGGGCGGUUCUAUUUCAAUUUAGGGGCACUCACUAAAUUUGAUUCAAAUGCUGUGAAUGUUAUCAAAAAUACUAGUUCUUUAUCACGCACUGUUUGUUACUAGUCCUUACCAAAAUUUUACAUGAAAUGUAAUACUCCGGCCUACUGUUCAGAUUGAGAAAUAUGCAUCAAGUAAAAGUAAUGAAUAUGAAGAAUUUUUUUUUUCCUUGUACAUUUUUGUCCUCCACUUCACUGGUGGGAAUUGUCAAUCUUCAUUGGCUCUUUUUUUUGCACUUUUUUCUUUUUAUAAUUUCCAUUUUACUUGUAAACACUUUGUAAAGAUGUACAUUUUAGGAAAGUUAUUCUUGUCUGCGAUAGGUAUGCUUUAUAUUGCCUUGAUGUUUAAGUUAAGUGUACUGUAUUUUUUUAACUGCCUAGUUGUCAUUGUUUAAGAAAACAAUGUAUCGGAGGUAACAAAUAAAUUGAAAAAU